CCCUCGCGAUUGGCCCAGCGCCCAACCGUCUCGAAAAGAACUUUCUUCGUCUCGAGCGAGUUGAACGCGCGGAAUGACAGUGAUUUUCGCGCCGCGAAUCUCGAAGGCUUCAAUUUCGUUCCAGCGAGACCGACGCUCGAAUAAAACGUGAAUCUUGCGGUGACGAGUGAGCGCGACGACAAGCCAGGAUCAAAAUACGGCGUGGCACGUAACGUGAGUGUGAUCGCGGCGGGUAACCUCGACCGCCAUUUGCGCGUUUUAAACGGCGCAGCCGUUGGAGCAGCGCCGGACGAAAACACGUGCGUCACGUGCGUGAAAAGCGGUUGUCAUCGCGUUUGAAUCCGCGAAACGGACUUGUGCCUGCCCGUCGCUCGACACCGCGACUGCCGAGUCAGGCAAGAAGAAUCUCUUGAGUUUUGGGUAAAUUUUCCUUUCGUUCGCGAAACCGUGACGUGGACAACGGUCACGGGACGGACUCGAGCCCGUCUAUUUUUAGUGGCGCGAUUUUGCAACGUUUUCUUCGACGGGAACAGCUGACCGUGCAUAACUUAUUCACCGCGGAUCGUCAACCCCAGGAUUAAUCAAUUUGCUGCGAAAUGGAGAGCAGGCUCCUGCUGGUGAUGCUUGUCCUGUCUCUUGAAUGUAACAUCGGAAGCGCAUCCGUCCUAGACUGGCUAUGGGGAACGAAAGCGAGCGAUGGGAAGGAUGCGAGUGUUAUGGUCGCCGACGGCGUGCCCCUGAUCUCGAUCCCUUACGAGUCGAUGACGGAAGACGAGAAGUUCCUCCAGGAGGCCGCCAAGUUCACGGAUAUUCAGGUGUCCUCGCCGUUGGAGACGUGUCAGCAUAAAGUCAUUAUGAAGAUCAAGACCACGUGCUCCGACAUGACCGAGGAGGAGCUAGCCAAGCUAGGCGUCAAUCUCCUUAACUGUCAAUCAGCAGUUGAAGGCAGGAAGAUGUUCCCCUGCACCGAAGAAAUGUCUCUUAAGCAAUGCACAAUCGACAUGGAUGCUGACAUGUGGAAUGCGUAUCACUUAAUAAGUAACAGAGCGAGGGCGAUUUGUUACGCAGCUCGAAAUACACAAUUUCGUGCUCUUACAGACUUAACAGUCAACAAGCUGAUGCAGUCUGCGCAUUACCAAAUUAAGGCGCUGGAUUCCUUAAAGCAAGGCCAGUAUCGUCUUGAAGAACAGACAACGGAAGCUCUGUCAUCAUUAACUGAAGGAAACAAGGUGCUUCUGACACAGCAAGAGUACUUGAAGGACGCACAGACGACAGCUCACAACCUUGUAACAACAAAUCUGAGAGAGUUGUAUAAUGAAAAAGCGUUAAUACGAUCUGGCCACGUUCAACUUGCUGCCAUGACAGAAGAAAUAAAAAAUAAGUUGGAAAAGGCGCAUAAGGAUCUCGAGCAACAGAGCGUUGAACGUGAAGAAAAUCAUAAGGAGGUAUUGGAGGAUUUGAUUAAGAUACAAGAACAAGCGCAAAUGAUCUGGGAGAAAAUCGAGCGUAGCACUAAUCGCAUACUGGAGCAUCACGAGGAAACUAUCCGUCAGUACGAGCAAACGAUGCAGAUGCUCGCGCAAAUUAACGAUACCAUCCAGUACAUUUGGAAUCUCACUAAUACAAUGCGCACAGAAGUAGACCAAAAAUUGGGAUGGAUUACCAACUACAUCGGCGAUACCAGUGAACAAAUGCAAAGAGCGUAUCGCACAUUUUUACACAUCGUGUAUCUAUUAGUGGCGAUGAUAGUCGCCGCGUUUUUACAAGCGCCGUUUUUAACCAGAGCUACUAUCAUGGGCGUUGUGCCGGCGAAUCUUUUUACCUACUUGAAACACGGCAUGGAGGCCUCUUUAGAUUUUACAUCUAUGACGGUGCUAAUAUUCUUAAUCACCGCAAUGCAUUUCGUAAUGCUGGGAAUACAACGUAUGAUCGGACCAAACAUCUCGGAAGCGAAGACGGAGCUAAUUAAGCUGGUCCAUCAAAAAGACUAUUCGAAUGGCGUUGCGUACGACAAUGCACCGUCAUCGCAUUCCAAUUCCGUGCCGAAAAUGCAGCUGCACACGAAAUUAACGAGAAAUGUGCAGGAAUUUUACUAUCUCAUUGUUUCGCAAAUAAAUCAUUAUAAAGAGAAAAUUAGUGUCAUGUUAGAGACGAUCGCUUCGUGGGGUGGACGCAAUUUAAAUGCGCACGAGGAGCUCUCUUGUUCGUAUCAACCAUCGAGGAAGAGGCAUGAGGACAUCGUUCGUAACGGAUUGCAAUUCUCGAGUUACAUGUCGAACGACCUAACAGAGUGCGAUUCUUCCAACGGCACCAUAACAGUGCCAUGGCAGCCCCAAGACUGUUCCAUCAUGGGUGAUAACAAUCAUCAUUAUCCAAACGAUUUUGAUGAUACAGAUAAAUCGUUUGAGCAUCUUCGGUGUACGUGGUCACGAGCUAAGAGUGGUACUCCAACAUUGCUGAAAUUCCCUUGUAUGGGAAUAACGAGAAAUGGCAGGAGAUGUCGGGCAUUCGCUUCACCCGGAUGGAACUAUUGCUACCAUCAUUCUACGGGCAUGUCUGUUAAGAGUGACCAUACUGAUCAUCUUGAUUAAUCGAAGAAGGAUUAAUAAUUGCGAAAUAGUUAGUAGAUAAUAUUUAUAUAUAUAUAAUAGUUGCUAUAAAAUUUGCAACGGGUAUUUAUUUUUUAUUUUAUAUAUAGUGUACGUUGUAUUUUAACGAGAAAAUAAUCCCAGAGAAACAAAAAACCCGUGAGAAAAAAGUUUGCGAAAAGAUCAUUAAUUAAAUAUGGUAAAAUAAUUUGUAUACAUUUUGUAAUUUUGUAAAUAACGUUUCACGUUUAUUCGAUAAUAAUACAACAGUAAUCUCAGGUAUCACUUUGAUCUUGAUAAUAUUUUUGAAUAUACAUGUUUUAAUGUUGGUAUUAAGUUAAUUUAUAUGACUUGUAUUAUUUGAUUAUUGUAAUUUAAGUAUAUUUCUAUGUUAAGAUACCACCUGCGAACCUUCAAAAACUCUGAUGUUUUUAAUAGUAUUUCGGAACAAAUUUCAAGAACAAACUUUCUAUAAUUUUGACCGUUUGAGCCUGAAAAUAUACGAACAGUUCAAAUUGUUCAAUUUGACCUCAAGUCUAAAAUGAAAUAACAUUUUCUCUCUAUAAUGAAUAAUAUUUUCGCUCGAAUUUCUCUUAAUGUUCAAAUUAUUCCAAUAGCUUUGACUUAGUCAAAUUGAUCGAUUAUUAGCUCCGAACAUUAAUAUUUUUACUUUGAACUAUUCGUACAAUUCGAUCUCACAAUUUAUUAACAAAUUUUUUGUCUGAUCGUUAAUAGAAAUAGAAGGUUCCUCUCAAUGAUAAAUGUAUAAUCCAUAUUUGAAAAUACGUAAUCUCCUAUCUUUUCCAUAAUAACGGAUAAUAAUAAUAAUAAUUGGUUCUGCGUUUAAUGUAAA